GCUAUUGUUGUUGUCUACUUUAUAAUUGUCAUGGUGGUUGGAAUCUGGUCAUCAAUGCGUGUCAAUCGCAGCACUGUUGGGGGGUACUUCUUGGCUGGUCGUUCAGUGACUUGGUGGCCUAUUGGAGCCUCUCUGAUGUCCAGUAAUGUUGGCAGUGGUUUAUUUAUUGGUCUAGCAGGGACAGGAGCAGCUGGAGGAAUCGCUGUUGGGGGAUUUGAAUGGAACGUAAGAGAUGCGCGCACACACACACACACAUGCAAUUACUUUCUUCAACCUCAACUGGGAGCUAAUUCCACAGGAGAAGGGGCUGAAGCAUCAUGGGUUCUGGUAGCUCUGGGUUGGAUAUUUGUCCCCGUUUACAUCUCUGCUGAAGUGGUAACAAUGCCCGAAUACCUGGCCAAACGCUUUGGAGGCCAGAGGAUACGCAUAUACAUGUCUGUUCUGUCACUUAUUCUCUACAUUUUCACCAAAAUAUCAACAGACAUUUUUUCUGGGGCAUUGUUUAUCCAGUUGUCAUUUGGUUGGAAUCUGUAUCUGUCUACAGUCAUACUGUUGCUGGUGACUGCUGUCUACACUGUGGCAGGUGGUUUGGCAGCUGUGAUCUACACUGAUGCUCUCCAGACUUUGAUCAUGGUUGGGGGAGCUUUUGCCUUAAUGUUCAUAGCAUUCUCCAAGGUGGGCUGGUAUGAGGGCCUUGUGGAUCGUUACAUGUCAAGUAUUCCCAAUGUGACUGUUCCCAACACCACCUGCCACUUACCCCGUAGUGAUGCUUUCCACAUGUUCAGAGACCCUGUAACAGGGGAUUUACCCUGGCCAGGUCUACUGUUUGGGCUCACCGUACUGGCUACAUGGGUCUGGUGCACAGAUCAGGUUAUAGUCCAAAGGUCUCUGUCAGCCAAAUCUUUGUCUCAUGCUAAAGCCGGCAGCGUGUUGGGUGGCUAUCUCAAACUGCUCCCAAUGUUCUUCGUUGUGAUGCCAGGAAUGAUAAGUCAAGCACUAUUCCCAAAUGAGGUUGGUUGUGUGGAUCCAGAUAUCUGUCAAAGUGUGUGUGGUGCUUCAGUUGGUUGCUCUAACAUUGCUUAUCCUAAACUAGUAAUAGAGCUAAUGCCAGUGGGACUUCGUGGUCUGAUGCUGGCAGUGAUGUUAGCUGCUCUUAUGUCAUCCCUGACUUCCAUUUUUAAUAGCAGCUCUACUCUGUUUACACUGGACCUCUACUACAAAGCCAGGCCUAAAGCUUCUGAGUUGGAACUUAUGAUAGUUGGAAGGGUGUUCAUCCUUGUCUUGGUGUGUCUUAGUCUGCUGUGGAUUCCUGUUGUCCAGACAGCCAAUAGUGGACAGCUGUUUGACUAUAUUCAGUCAGUGACCAGCUUUUUAGCACCUCCCAUUACUGCCUUAUUCCUAAUGGCUAUCUUUUGGCCACGAGCCAACGAGCAGGGUGCAUUCUGGGGUCUGAUGGCUGGACUAGUGAUAGGACUGAUCCGAAUGGUUCUGGAGUUCUCCUAUUCACCUCCUUCCUGUGGUCAGCCUGAUCACCGGCCUGCAGUCCUAGCUGAUGUCCACUACUUGUACUUUGCUCUCAUCCUGUUGGCUCUCACAUGCCUCAUCAUUGUUGCUGUAAGCCUGGCCACUGCCCCAAUACCUAAAGAAAAUCUGCAUAGGCUGACCUGGUGGUCCAGACAUAGUCUUGAACCGCGGAUGGAUCUCUCAGGUCUUCAGAUCACCUCUGACCAAGUGGACUCUAACCUCAGCUCAGAGUCUGACCGAUUGCAAGAAUCCACUUGGAAAAAAGUUGUUCUGUGGCUUUGUGGUUUGGCUAGUUCACGCUCAGAGUCGGCAGCUCCAGUGAUUCAAAGCAGUGAACGAAACUUCCUCCAGGAGAAGUCACUCUGGAGAAUAGUCUGCGAUGUUAAUGCCCUGCUACUGCUGGUUGUUAAUGUGUUUCUCUGGGGAUACUUUGCUUAA